UGCUUUGCUCAUUUGAAUAAAAAGCAUCACACAACUUGGGGUGAGGCGGGCAUCCAGCAAUAGCUUCUCGCACUAGUGAGCUGAGUUGCAUGCACGUAGAUUCACACAUCUCAUCUAAAGGGAGUGCCAGAGCUUUCACCUUUAGAGGACAAAUUCUUAGUGAGAGAUUUCAUCGCAAAACGCCGGCGUCAGGGAAUUCGUAGUCAGACAUGGCGAAUCUGCGGAGACAACGCAUCAUUGCUGUUGGGUUCUUGAUGGUUUUCAUUGGAGCUGCAAAUGCCGCCGAGAUCGCGAAGGUGUUCAUGGACGAGAAGUGCGGCGAAACCAUCCAGGCUGGGCGCUCUGGUGGCCAAAUGGAUUCCCAGCUCAGCAUGUAUUACGCAAACGACUUCGACUGCACCGUCACCAUCACUGCCGACAUAGGUCGACAGAUCCUACUGACCUUUGAUCGAGUCGACAUCGAAGGAACGCCCAGUGGUGACUCGGGCUGUGAUGGGGACUACCUGGAGGUCUAUGAAGGGACAAGCACUAUCCUUUCCCCGGUCCAAGUCAUCUGUGGGAUGUAUGCUAGUGACAUCGUCUCCUCCUUGAAUUCGGUCACUUUGAGGUUCAAGACGGAUUCGUCCUCCAUAGAAGAGGGGUUUCUCCUCUCCUACACAUCCUUUAAGUCGCCUGGUCUCACGUCCUGUGAUUCUGAUGAGUUCGAGUGUGACAACGAUCGCUGCAUUGAUGCUACCCUCAAAAACAACUUUAACGACAAUUGUGGUGACAACAGUGACGAAGAUCCCUUCGGUGGCCUUGAUGACGCACUUAACAAUGCCAUUAGUCUUGGUAUUGGCAUAAUCGUCGCAAUCAUCAUUGGCUGUAUCGUGGGUGUAGUCCUGUUAUGCGUUUGCGUGGGCUGUAUUUGCUACCACUGCUGCUGUAAGAGGUCCCAGCCCCAGCAGACCUCAUACCAGGUCGUGGCUCAGACUCCACAGCAGAGGCAACAACCUCCUAUGGCCAUGCAGCCGAUCGGUCAGCCAGGUCAACAGGCUCCGUACGAUCAACCAGGAGCCUACCCACCCGGUCAACCGGCCUACCCACCUGGUCCACCGGCCUAUCCAGCCGGUCAACCGGUCUAUCCGCCAGGCCAACCAGGCGGUUACCCUGCCGGUGAAAAGGUCUAGGUCCUUAUGUCAUUGGACUGUCAAGCCCAGCCAUUUCUGUCUACGAAAUUAAUGUAAUUGAAAUAUCUUAUGUGCGUUAUUUAAGUCGGAGAUUGUAGAGUUGUGACUUGCGACACUUGGUGGCGACAGACUCGUUGGACACCAAUUGAUCUAUUGCCGCUAACGUUCCUAAUUUCUCCAUAAGACUUGGCUUGGGCUUGGUCAUUGAUGUUGUUAUUUUAACAUCUGGAUCAAUUAAAAGGCCUUAAAAUCUGGGUACCUAACUCCAGUAUCAAUUUGGUGUUUGUCAUCAUCCCAAAUCGAUUUCAAUUAAAAUAUAAUGUAAACGUAUAGCUAAGAUGGUAUCAGACACACAGGCGUCAAUUACAAAUUCCUAGCUCUGAUUGUCUGCAUUCUGAUUGGUUAAUUUUCCAGCUUAGUGCAUAAAUUAUUGCUUAAUUAUGCACAUAAUGAUGUUGUGCAGACCUUUGUGGUUGACGCCUGUGGGGAAACAACAAUCGUAUGCCCACAUGUUUCUGUCAUCUUAUAAAUCAUGAUAGCUUGAUCAUGGGAUGUUUCACAGUGUACUAUACUAUUUAGCAGUAUUAGAAAUCUGUAACUGUCGUCGUCUGUAUUGUACAUGUAACAAGUUUGUGGUAGGGAACUUUUAGAGAGAAGGCCUACAUGUAUUUGAAAUUAUACUCUGAAAUACACCUCUGUUACUGCAGUGAAUUUCUGGCGGUUAUCCGAAACGUUAAAAUUGUGUGAAUUAUUAUAUAUUUUUUUUUUACAUUUGUAUAUUGGUGUAGUUUUAAUGACAUACUUGUGGAAAACCAUCGGUGACUUUUCCUCAGUCGUUGGCCGUGUCACGCACGCAGCCCUGUUUGACCUCAGUUUCUUGUCCCGAGGUCAAGCACGCAUGGCCCAAAAGCGUACGCGAGAUAUUACGAGAUUUAUUCGAGACUACAUAAAAUUGGCCAAGAUGGUUAAAUAGGUGAAAAGUUGAAAUCGUGUACUUUAUUUUGAUACCAAAAAUAACUGUUUUUUGACAAAUAUAAAGUGUUGUUACGGCCUGUCAAACAAAAUUGUAUUUUUUAUCAACAAAAUCGAGGGCCGAUAGUUUUUAGGUGUACAUUUGAUUCUUAAAACAGGCCGAAAGAAACGGCAAGGCUCAGUAGAUAGAGGAAAGUAUACGCUUCAUUUUUUUUGUGAAACACGUGCAGCAGACUUCCAAUGUUUGGUCCAAAUCGCCGGUUGAAAAAAUGAACACUUUUUCGAGAUUUCAUGAUUUGCAAUCACAUGUAUGCGUGUAAACGAACGUAAGUACGCCGGCCUGAAAACGUUUGUGAUCGUGAAUAUCACGUGCUAUAACGUGCAAUGAAUGACUUAUGAAUAUUAAGCAGGCCAUACUCGAGCUUAACCAAUCAGUGGACGUAUGGGUCACAAGGUCACACCGUAUUUGGGUUCCUCGCUCUAUGCUUUACAAUGACGACAAUCUUUUCGCGUUGUGAAAAAUGGAAGUUGUUGGAAACAUUAGGUGUGCAUCGAAUUCUUGAAAUAUUAACGACAUCACGUUCACGAGAUUUUUUGUAGAUGAAGGUUCACUCUUUCCUUUGAUUACCUCAACAUUAGGGAGACUUUCAUAGUUCUCGAAAAAAACCCGGACAUUUCUUGACCUAAUUUUUAGUCGAUUUGUCCGUGAAAUAAUAUCGUCAAAAUGCACGAAAUCUUUUUUUUCACUAAAAAAUACCCUAAUGGAUGUGUGAAGUAGGUCUUUAACUACUAAAACAUCUUUGUUUGUUUGGAUCGGUUGUGGUUUGCCAUGAAAAUUGCGAAUUUUCUGAAGCCCAUUUUACGGCCAUCGUUCGCUGGCCUCACGUUGCUGUCAGUUGUGCGGACGAGAAAAUAGAGCAGCUACGCGUGACACGGCAACUGACUGUCCUGUGCCAUUUUUAGUUUAAAAUUUCAUCAGCAUUUUAACUGACCGCUUGUUUUAGUCGUCUCGUGCCAUUUCUUGCUAAUACUAUUCUGAACAGUACAACUUGCAUGGCGCUGGAAAUAUAUAAACUGCAUGGCGCUGGAAAUAUAUAAACGAUAUGAGAGAGAGAGAGAAAAACAAUUUUCUGAACAGUGGAGUCGGGUGCAUUGGCGAAGCGAGGGGGCCCUCCCCCACCGGGAAAGCAACCCCCCCCCCUUCCAAAAAAAAAA